AUGAAGAACGCUUUGAAAGAGAAAUUCAAAAAUAACGUGUUAGUGAAACCAUUGUAUAAAAGGCUUAAAAAUUAUAACAAAAUAAAACCAACAGUGUUUAUAUCUGUAAGCAAUAUCGAACUAGAUGGCUUCGGUAUGAAAAUAAAAAGUGAUGAUAUUAGGCAUGGCACUGAGGUGUUAGAAUUAGAUAACUCAAAGAAGAAGAUAUUUAUAUAUGAUAGAUGUGAAAGUUUAAAUAAAACUAAUAUAUUUGAUAAACUUUGUAAAGGCAACCCAAUAAACUAUGGAUUGAAAAGACUUAAAAUGGUAAAUACUGUGGCUAAAACAGAGGUUAAUGAUGAAGUAGAUAUUGCAGAUAAAACAAAUAAAUUCAUUCAGGCUGAUGAUAACGAAAAUAUUCCACCUAAAGUGCUGUGUACGUGGUUGAAAGUGUACCCCCUGCCUCAGUCCCCUGGGGAGACGGUCGGCUCUGUGAUCUUAAGGUGACCUGCUGAAACAAAAAUGUGCUACGAAUUCGAGAAACAACAGCACCAAGUUAUCAUUGAUUUAGCAACAGAGUUAAGGCAGGUGAGUCUUAGUUUAUAA